AUGGAACACUGUCACUCGAAUAAAGAUUUAAUCGUGCUCAGUUCUUUCUACAUAUAUUUGAAUGUGGUUGGCAAGACAUACACACUAACCGAAUUCAAAAGUAUGUACAAGGAUGAGCCUAAACGUAUAAUUAGUUUUGAAAAGAUUGAAGAGAUUGGCAACAGUCGUAAAUGGUAUAAUGAUAAAGAUAUGUAUGAUGAGCCUAAAUGUGUUUUUAAAUUUCAAGAGAUUGAAGAGAUUGGAAACAGCCGGAGAUGGUUUACUGAUAAUGAUAUUAACAGAUAUAUGGACCUAAUCACUCAGCGUUCCCCCGACACAGUUUAUGCGUUUAAUACAUUUUUUUACACUAAGCUAUGUGACAUCAAUAACAAAAGUGUUCAUCGUUGGACAAAACAAAUAGAUAUUUUUGCGAAGAAAAUAUUGUUCAUACCUAUUCAUAUGGAAAAUCACUGGUGUUUAGUGUGUGUUUGCUUUCAACAAAAAUCCAUUCAAUAUUAUGAUAGCUUUGGUGCGAAAAACUCCAUAAGUAUGCAAAGAAUAUUAAAAUACUUAGAGAAAGAACUCCGUGACAAAAAACGACAAUACUUUGAUCGAGAUGGCUGGGAACUAAUAAAUGUGAAUAACUGCCCUCGACAAACCAAUAAUUGGGAUUGUGGAGUAUAUAUCUGCAUGUAUGCGGAAUACAUAUCGAGAGGUGCCCAAUUAAAUUUUUCACAACUAACUAUGAAUGAAUUCAGGAUACAAAUAGCAUUAGAAAUGAAAUACAAAAAACUAAUGAAACCUGUACCAUUUAAAAUGCUUAUUUAAAAUU